AUGACGCAUACUCAUCGACGUUCCCGCCAUGAAUCAGUGCCCUUCCAAAUUCAUCCAUCCGGUGCACUCACUUCACCUAACGCUCAAUCCUGUCGUUACGACUCAUCGCUUGGCUUGUUGACAAAAAAGUUUAUUGCUCUCUUACGUUCCAGUCCUAAUGGAGAAUUGGAUCUCAACCGAGCUGCUCAGCAACUCAAAGUACAAAAGCGACGCAUUUACGAUAUCACCAAUGUACUUGAAGGCAUUCGACUCAUUGAAAAGAACUCAAAGAACCAUGUGCGAUGGAUCGGCAAUAGUGGCCAUACUGCAUCAUCAUCAUCAUCAUCAUCGCCCAACGUUGUUGACCAAAGGAAGGUUGUUUCAUCUCCUACAUCAUCCACAUCAUCAUUAUCAUCCGUGACAUCGGCAGCAUCAAGCACAACCAGCAAUAACAGCAAUAGUGCCAACCUGGAAGAACUGGAACGUCGGCUUGCCUAUUUACGGACACACAACGUUUCGCUUGAAAAGGAACACGAGCGACUGGCUGACACUAAACGGCGUGUGGAUCAUGAAAUUGAACAGAUGUUUAAGCGAAAUCGACAACACUGCUACUUGACAUUGGAUGAUCUCGCUCGUUAUCAAUCAAAAUUGAGGCAGGAUGUGUUGGUGGUUGUCAAUGCACCUUAUGAUACCCAAAUUACUGUUGAUCGACCACCAAAGUAUUACCGACCACGACAUCAGCCUUAUGCCAAGUCAAAGUGCUACAUCCGUGUUCCGGAUCAUUCACGUCAGCCGUUGCACAUUCUUUCAUUAAAGAGCGAACGUCAGCAACCUUAUUGA